AUGGUUCCUUUGAAAUUCCACUAUGAUAGACAAGAGAACCGAUGCAGAGAUACAAGUCAAGGUCCUCCAGCGCUAUUUCUAACGGAAAAAUUUUACGUUACUGCAUCUGGUUACGCUACGGAAAAUCAUGAUGAUUCAGAAUACGACGUUCAAUCAGCCUAUCCCCCACAAUCGGUAGAUCUCCUUACUAUUUUAAGACAGAAUGGCAUCACAACGUUCGUUGACUUGAUAGUGAAGGCUGGUUUAGAGGAAACUUUUUCUCAGAACGGCCCACGCAUCGUUUUGACACCGACAAAUGAAGCAUUCGCCGUCAUUGAUCCUGGAAUUCUAGCAACUAUCAUAAAUGAUAUUGACCUGUUGAGGGAUAUUCUUACCUACCACCUGGUGUUUUUUAGACAACCUUUCACCAUAGUUUCGGCCAUAUUACAUGAACUGGCUUUGCCCACUGCACAGGGUGGAUUAGUCCGGUUCAACUUAUACCGACAGAGAGGGUCGUCUUUUGCUACCGAAGACAUUGCUACAGCCAACGGCGCACCUCUUUUACGAGCUAUCCCAGCAGGAGAAAAACUUAUUUAUGUCAUUGACCGAGUUCUUAAUCCCAAGGCUUUAUCACCCAAUAACACUCUCCAAAUUUUUUUAGAAAACAACAAAGAUUUGUCCAUCUUUUUAAGGAUUUAUAAUUCUGUCAUUAUAACACAAAACACUAUCGCAGUUUUUCCGAAGACGAUAUUUGUUCCUACCAAUGCAGCUUUCAAAGCUCUUCCGCCUGGUGUUCUUGAUUCGUUGUUUGCAAAUCCAAGAGAAUUAGUCGUCCUGCUAAACACACACAUGGCGUCUGGAACUUUUUACGCAGCUGGACUCACUGAUGGCCCGCUCACGGUCUUUUCUGGCGCAACCGUCGACGUUGACGUGUCUCCCAGUGGCAUUACCGUGGGCAAGGCUAAAAUCAUUAGAUCGGACAUAUCAUUGGUGGAAGGAGUUGUACACGUUUCCGAUUCAUUGGUUCAAGCUGGACCGACCUACAUCGAAAGAGUGAAUUACCUUGAAGUAGCCUCUUAUCGAAUCGACGACGUGCAUCCACCACUGCCCGGCUUUGAAUGCACGUGACGGAAUUUCUGUUCUGCACGAGAAAAUUCUGAAUUGAAAGGACGUGUAAGAAAGGCAGGGUGCUGAAAUUACCAGCCCCCUCCCUUACACAAAAGUGACGUCAGUUUAAAUGUUACCAAACAGGACAUUCAAGGUGGUACUAUUUUCGUCACAAGGUACGUAUCAAUUUAAAUGAUAGGAAUCGAUCUCGUUAAUUCCAUUACAUGUCUAUCUAAUUUAACAUUAAUAUUUAUGAUGAGAUAAAAAUAGUCAUUUAAGCGCCAUCAAAGAGGCAACUUAUGUUCCAAAUUUCAUUAUGAUAGUUUAAUGAAUUCUCGCAGAGUUAGUUCAACCCUCAUGCAUACAUUAAACAUAGACUAACGAGUCCUUCACGACCGGGUGUCUCAAUUAGUCUGCACUAUUUCGAAGGGUUGCAU